UCUCCGGUCCGCCGCCUCGGUCUCCCGGCUGCGGCCGAUGCUAAGCCAAUAGCGGGAUUCCCUCGCCCGAGUGUCGUCUCUUCGGGACAACCGGAUCGAGCUGGUGCGAGCGUCGUGGCAGGAGCUCACCAUCCGGAUCAGCGACGUCGGCCUGGCCGACGAGGGCCAGUACACGUGCUCGCUAUUCACCAUGCCCGUCAAGACCACCAAGGCCUUCCUCACUGUCUUAGGAGUACCAGAACGGCCCGAGAUCACAGGUUUCACCAGCCCGGCCCUGGAGGGCGAGGUCAUCACCCUGACGUGCACCACGUCAGGCGGCAAGCCGGCCGCCCACAUCCGGUGGUUCCGGAACGACAAGGAGGUCCAAGCCACGGCGGAGGUGAGAGCUUCGGGCAAGUCGUUCACGGUGGCGAGCAGCCUGCACUUCCAGGUGGACCGAGGCGACGACGGCGUGGCCUACACCUGCAUGGUGGAGCACGUGUCUCUGUCCAACCCUUACAUGACCACCGAGGUCCUGGAGGUCCACUAUGCUCCCCAUCUGGAGAUCACACAUUCGCUGAUCAUCCCGCAGGAGGGCCAGUACUUCAAACUGGAGUGUGUAUCCAGUGGAAACCCCAUACCGGAGCCGGUCCUGUGGUCCAAAGAUGGCGGCGAGCUUCCCGACGUGGAGCGCAUGAUCGUGGAAGGGCGGGAGCUCACCAUCACCGCGCUGAACAAGACCGACAACGGCACGUACCGCUGCGAGGCCAGCAACCACCUGGGGACCAGCAGCGCAGAGUAUAUUCUCUUUGUAUACGACCCCAACGCCAUCGGACAGCACGGGCCUGACCACGCUCUGAUCGGCGGCGUGGUAGCCGUGGUGGUCUUUAUCACCUUGUGUUUGAUCAUCGUCCUCGGGCGCUACCUGGCCAGACAUAAAGGCACGUAUCUUACACACGAGGCCAAAGGAUCUGAAGACGCCCCCGAUGCCGACACGGCCAUCAUCAACGCCGAAGGGAACCACGUGCACGCGGAGGAGAAGAAGGAGUACUUCAUUUAG